CGGGAGAGGCGAGCGGAGCCACCGAGCCACGGCGUGCUUUUGCUCUCGCAGCCGAACUCGGUCGCCGCAGCGAGCCAGCCAGCGACACGGCCGGCCGGAUCCCUCCGCCCCCCGCGCCGCGGUUACAUGGCCUGGUGCGCCCUGCGCAGCCGCGUCCUCCCGCUUCCGGCAUCAGCCGCCGCCGCCGCCGCCGCCGCCGCGCCCCACGGCUUCCUCCUCUCCACCGCGGCCCCGCGCCACGCUCGCCACCACCAGCUACGCCGCCGCGUCGCCCCCACGGCCUACGCCGCCGCCGCGGCCGCCGCAGCUGAGGCGCCGCUCCCCAUGACGCCGCGCUUCGGCCGGGCCACGCGGUUUCCCGGGGGCGCCGCCUCCGUUGCGCGCGUCUACGCGGACGCCAACGCCCAGCGGCCCAAGGAGUACUGGGAUUACGAGUCGCUCGACAUCCAGUGGGGGGAGCAGGAUGGAUACGAGGUGCUGCGGAAGGUGGGGAAGGGAAAGUACAGCGAGGUGUUUGAAGGUUUCCAGCCUGGGAGCGAUGAGAGGUGCAUCAUUAAGAUCCUCAAGCCCGUGAAGAAGAAGAAGAUCAAGAGGGAAAUAAAAAUACUUCAGAACUUAUAUGGAGGGCCAAAUAUUGUAAAGCUGCUUGAUGUUGUCAGAGAUGAGGAAUCAAAGACGCCUAGUCUGAUCUUUGAAUAUGUCAAUAAUACUGACUUCAAAGUGCUCUACCCUACACUAUCUGAUUAUGAUAUCAGAUAUUAUAUUUUUGAAUUAUUAAAGGCACUAGAUUAUUGUCAUUCACGGGGUAUCAUGCACCGAGAUGUCAAACCUCACAAUAUCAUGAUUGACCAUGAAAAACGCCAGCUUCGUCUAAUCGAUUGGGGUCUUGCAGAGUUCUACCAUCCCAAGAUGGAAUAUAAUGCUAGAGUUGCUUCAAGAUGCUACAAGGGUCCUGAACUUCUUGUGGAUUUGUUAGAUUAUGAUUACUCAUUGGAUUUGUGGAGUCUUGGUUGCAUGUUUGCAGCAAUGAUAUUCCGAGUGGACCCGUUCUUUAGUGGCCAGGAUAAUUAUGACCAGUUAGUGAAAAUAACCGAGGUUCUUGGCACAGAAGAUUUCUACGAGUAUCUUGACAAAUAUGGUCUCCAGCUUGACCCACAGCUGGAAAGACUCGUUGGAAGACAUAAUAGGAAACCAUGGGUGAAGUUUGUCAACGCUAGGAACAGACACCUAGUUAGCCCCGAGGCUAUUGAUUUGAUCGAUAAGCUACUCCGGUACGAUCACCAGGAAAGGCCUACAGCAAAGGAAACCAUGGCUCAUCCAUAUUUCAAUACGGUAAGAAGCUCUGAGAGCAGCAGGCACAAUAGCAACAAUAUGUGCAAAGGUGCACGCGAACGACCCUCUAGCUGACUUGGUUGGAUGGGCUCAACUAGCACCUCCUCGGUUCCUGGGUUCGACUACCCGCGGAACGAAUUUUCAGGUGGGGUUAAAAAAAUCUCAUCUGUAAGGGUGGGGCAGGGAUUCGGGGUUUUUCUCGGUCUGGAAGACCUUAUUCUAAUGCUGGGGGGGUUGCCCCACCAGAUCGAGGGUUUUUUUUUCACAGGCAUACCCUUACUUUUCAUGUGGCUCAACACUCAUGCAAGGCAAACGGCAUAUUUGACAAUUCUUUUAAACUGGUGCGAAAGAUGUAGAGAAAUACUUGUAAGGCAGGUGCAUGGUCUCUCUCUGCGUAGAGGCAUGUAAUUGUCACAUUUUGUGUGAGUUGAUUCUUUUCCUCUGCUGACUUUUCUGCGAAUAAUUUGUAAGUGGACUUGUAUACCGCAUCACUUAGAGAGAAAAUUCGUGACAUUUGCUUCUAAUGGUACCUCAAUAAUACCAUAUCCAUAUA